AUGCAGCCCGCGUCAGUUGGUCACCUCGUCACAGACGGCGUGCGCAUCUUCUACCGCCACGCUGGCGAAGAGGAUGCCCCUGUUCUCCUGCUCCUCCAUGGCUUCCCGUCUUCGUCCUUCAUGUUCCGCAAUCUGAUACCCCUUCUGGGGAAGACAUACAUGGUCAUCGCUCCAGCCUCCAGACCUACCGGGAUUCGGCUUCACAGAAGUGCCCAAGGAGCACAACUACCACUGGAGACCAAGAGUCAAGACCUAUACACACUCGAAUGGCUCCAAGUUGCUCAAUAUAUCCCUGCUAGAUCUCCUGAACCACUUGCUGUUCCCCGUGUCUUCUGGUCCCAUUACAACUACGGCGCGCCCACCGGACUUCGGCUUGCGCUCAAUCGACCCGAGACAGUGACUGCCAUCAUCACCCAGAAUGGCAACGCAUACGUGGAAGGCUUCGGCCCUGGGGGAGGAGUUCUGGGCGCCACUCAAGAAGUUACUGGGGGCAAUACGUCAACGGCUCGCCACACCCGGCCUUUAAUCGAGCCUGAGACCUACCACCUGAAUCAGGCAUUGAUGGACCGCCCAGGGAACAAGGAGAUCCAGUUAGGUAUCUUCUACGACUACCGCACCAACGUCGACCUGUACCCCGAUUUCCAAGAGUUCUUCCGCUCCUCCGGUGUCCCCGGUCCUAGCUGUGUGGGGGAAGAGUGA